AUGGACUUUCCGCCUGCGCAUCCUGGACCAGCCGAGGAUCAACUAUUAGUGUUGCAGGGCGACCAUAAGUCCUCCUUUGUAUGGGAGGGACAUCUAUCGGAUCAGCCUCUCCGCGCCAGGAGACCUGAAGAUUUGUGGGACUUCAUGGCGCAGCAUUAUUUCCAUGCUCGCGUAGUCGCGCGCCUACAAGCUACGGGCUUCUAUAAGAUUUUUCGGAUUGGACGGAUGCAGCUUGAUUUGUCUCUCAUCACGGCCUUGAUGGACGGGUCGUUGCACUGCCCCAAUACAUUAGAUCCAUCGCGUGGAUACUAUUUGGAUAUGAUGGGGCAGUAUACUGGUUAUAGACCUCAGGGUGACGCUGUACAGAGAGGGGGCAGUCGCGUUGCUUUGCCAGCCAUCAGAGAUCAUAUGGCGUUUUUGCACCCAGACAUUACCGGCGAGUCGGAGAAUCUCCAUAUUGAGCGGUACACGAGGUUGGCGUUGCUCCUGCUUUUCGGGGGUGUCUUGUUCCUGAACACUUCAGGAAGUCUAGUGAGUAUGCACUUUCUCCAUCAUCUGAAGCAGCUAGAUGAUUUACCCCUGUAUAGCUGGGGUGCUGCUGCUCUCGCAUACCUGUAUAGGAGCAUGUGUCGGGCGAGCAUGCUUUGCCAGGUGGACAUGUGUGGUUUUCUGCCCCUUCUACAGGUUUGGGCCUGGCAGCGGAUCAUGCUGUUGCAGCCACCUCUACCACCACUAAAGCCCGGUGAGGCUCAUCCAUUUCUCCCUCUAGCUUCUAGGUGGGUUCUCCAGUGUGGGAACUACCGAGGGACCGAUGCUCAUCAUAAUCUCCCCCUUGUCAGGGAUGUGUUAUAUAUGCUGGUGGCCGGACAGACGCCAUACAGCGACGGGUUGCUAGCUCAGCUGCCCGAUUAUUGCUUAGUCGACCGACUGCUUUGGAGCACCUCCAUCCCGAUGAUUUUCUUCGAUAUGGUUGAGUAUCAUGCCACAAAGCGUGUGCUUUACCAGUUUCAUCGUCCUCAGCUUAUACCAGGGGAGCCUGCAUGGGUGCCUACACACUAUCAGCGGGAUGACCGUACUAGGGUAGACGAUAGAUUUAUGGGAUGGCUAGAGCAGCAGGUCCAUAUUUGGGAGCAACGACUUGACCGUAUUCCGCCACCACCUUCAUUUACCCAGGAGGCCACUAUUCAGCUGUAUAUGUCAUGGUACCGCCGUCACACCCGACUGAUGAUCGGGAACCCCAUUCAUGUACUUGGCGAGCGCUACAGACCAUACGCUGGGAGGCACGAGGCACUGGCUAUUGGGUAUCACCUGGUCUACCAAUUGGGACAGGAGAUGCAGCAGCAUGCCGACAGUGUUGCACUCGUUAAGUAUGGCCGGCGGGUGGUAGAUCUGGCUUGUCGGACCCUGUUUCAAGCGAGAGAUGGCACGAGGUUGGAUCACGAGGCUCAGUACGCGGUGCCAGAGGACUACCAUCGGAGUAGGGCUGUCCCACGAGGCAGGGAUAGGACACGAGGGAGGGGUGCCCCAUGA